UGCUCCCACUCCUUCUCAGUGGUGGGACGCUCUGCAGUGCUGCACACCGAGGUGAUUCCCGGCAGCCGCUUAGCGUUUUACAAGCGGAGCAGAAAGGAACUGCUGCAUCAUUCAGCUUUGGCAGGAGUUGGAUUCCUCAACAUGCUCACAUCUCUGAUUCUAAGUGGGAUACUUGGAGUGCUGCUGAUCCCAGUGCAAUCUCAGCUGAUCUCUGUGUGCUUGGAAGAGGACGAGGACCUGAGAGUCGACUGCCGGAUCGAGCCCAAGCCCAACAAAAUCAGCAGCUACGAGUUCUCCUGGUCAUCUGGAACCAAGGAGGCCCUGAUCAACACGAAUGUUUCCGGCUCGGCUGCAGAGGCCCAGUUCAGAGACAAAAGCGAAGUGGUGGAGCUUGAUCCCCACGGCUACAGGAUGACCCUGAAAGGCUUCACAAACACACUGCCACACAACACCACCUACAUGUGUAAAAUAUCUGGGCAGGUUGAGAGUAUCAAGGUGGAGAAAGAACAUCUGCAGCCUUGCUCGGCUGUCAGCCUGUUUCUGAAGAGCUCGUGGUCCUGGAUCGUCCCCCUGCUGAUCGUCCUCUUUCAUACACACUGCUAAAUAAAAUGUGACACCCUAGCAUGUGCCUAUCUACACACAAACAAGCCCAGCCCUGCUUCUGUCUACAUACACAUCCAUCAACACCACAGCUUUAGGUUUUAUCGCUGUUACGGCAUUAGAAUGCUUUUAUCGAGGAAGAUGACUCAAGACGUUCAGAGACCUUUUGCUUCAGAACUGCACAAAUCUUUUGUGAUGUAAUGCACUGUGACAACUUGCACAUGUGAAUAUAUAGUGAUGGAGUUCUGGUUUUCAAUAAAAGAAUGCUAAAUAUAUA